AUAUACUUUUUCAACAUUUGCUUAUACACUUGGGUGGAGUGCAAUUUAUUUAUAUAUUUUUUAUUUAUUUUGUUGGAUUUCCAUUUGUUUAUAUUAUCAGCAGUUUGGUACUAAACGACUUUGCCUUUUUCACUUUUGCUUUUAAUAUAUCAUUUGAGGCAUAACGACAGUUUAAACUUUAUUUUUCGGCCGAAGAUCCAUCGUGUCAUCGAUAUUGUUCAUCGAAAUGUUCGAAACGUCCGAUGGUGUAAUUUACGUGUAGAUACGAGUAUAUUAUUUAGUUAUACUAAGUAGUUGGCGGUCAUUAACGAUACCCUUUCUGUAAUAUCAGCGCAUAUAAAAGCCCUGAUAGUCUCUGCAGUAGCCACAGUCAGUUGUGAAUUGAACCACUGAGGUAACCAAAAAUUGCAGUUCAACGUAUUUAACCACAUUUGAAGAAGAAGUGAAAAUCAUCAAUUGAUUAAAAUGAAAUUCUUGGCUUUGGCAUUGUUGGUGUGUUUGCUGAUGGUUGCGCUGGUAGCAGCCGCACCCGCUGAAGAAUCCCUGCCGGGUGAUCUUUACGAUCAGGAUGAGCAAGGGCGGCAAAACUUCUUCAAACUGAAGAAGAUCAAGAAGCUGCUUUUGGGUUAACUAUAAAGCAUAUCCAUAUGUACCUAUAUACAAGCACAUACCUCGCAUGUGCUGAAAUUCUUAUUUUAGUUGUUAUCACUUCAAUGUGUUCAUAGUUAUUUUUACAAUUGGUUUUUUAUUAUAAUUUGUUUAGCAACUAAUUUUCAUACGUAGACGCUGUUAGAAGACCGCAUAAGCUCAUCUUUUUAUUUGUACAAAAUAAGGAAAUUCUUAUUGUAAAUAUUCAACAUGCAUACAAUCAUGGUUCUGUAAAUAUUGAUUAUCAAUAAAUAUAACAAAAAUGGAAAAACAAA